AUGGACCAGGAGGAAUGGAGGAUCGUGCUGCUGGGGAGGACUGGUGUUGGGAAGAGUGCAACAGGAAACACCAUCCUGGGAAGAAAUGCUUUCAGAUUACAAAGAUCUUUUUACUCUGUAACAGAACACAGUGAACGUGUAGAAGCUGUGAUAGAAGGAAACCGUGUACGUGUGGUUGAUACACCAGGAUUCUUCUACACAAAACUGCCACGAGAUCAGUUAGCGAUGGAGUUGGGCAGGACUGUUUACCAAUCACAACCAGGAGUUCAUGCUCUCAUUCUGGUUUUCAGAUUUGAUAAUUUCACAAAACAGGAAGUAGAAAUAAUUAAUAAGUUACAGGAGGUUUUUGGUGAACAGGUUACAAAUUUUGUGAUCAUUUUGUUUACUCAUGCUGAGGGUGUAAGAGAGGAAGAAAUAAAUCAGGAAAGAGACAGAAAUGAACAUCUCAGAAGGGUGUUAGAUCAGUGUGGAGGAAGAUUUCACCUCUUUAAUAAUGCAGAACCACAGAACAGACAGCAGGUCACUGAACUUCUGCAGAAGAUAGACAGGAUGGUGCAGCAGAAUGAAGGAAGAUUUUAUACUAAUAAGAUGUAUGAGGAAGCACAGAGCUUAAACUGGUGGGAAUUCUGGGAGAAAAAAAAGUCAUUAUUUAACAGUGCUGCUGGUGUUGUAGCUGAAGUGGGGACUGACUCUGUAGGUGUGCUGAUUGCAGUAGCAGUAGUUAUUAUAUUGGUAUUUUUAGGAGGUAACGGGAAUUCAUGA